UAAGAUUAUAAUCAUAUGUGUGUUAUCACACAUGAUUAUAUACGUCACCAUAUAGAGACCAAAUUCAUGCACAUAUUAUAAAAAAUCACACACACAUAUAAUUAUAUAUAAUUUAUGUAUGAUCCACAUAUAAUUUUCUUAUAUAUAAUUUUAUACAAUCUUUUUUCCCGGGCAUAUAAGUUAUUAGGGAGUGGAAGGUUUCGAGCAAAAUAGACAUUACAGGUUUGUAAACAAACAAUAUAACUUUCCAUUCGUCGUGACCAACGCGUCAAUAGAAUUCCAAUUUUGUGGCAAGUUAUUGAGAGAAGCUAAAUAUUGACAUUUGGAGAAUCGUGGCAUGCGAUGAUCUCAAGUGAUAAUCUCCUUUCAUGAGGAGAUUGAUAUAUCCAAGGAAAUAUUGAUACUCUGAAAGAUUGAUAUUGAACGUCUUCUUCCGCCAGGGAAAACAUUACGCACCCACUUGCCGCGCGCAUUCCGGAAUUUAUACCGUAUACAACUACUACGGUCGGUGUAUAGUUCGGUGUAUGCUGGCUAAAAGAAAAGCACAUCUCUCUCGAUGCUAUAAUAAAUCUUACUAAAGCCUCCCCCCGUAGCCGGCUCGGCGAGAACUUCUGCUCGGAAUAACGCAGGCGCCCACGCUCUCACAAUUCUAUAGACUUCACGGUAAAUUUCGUUGAGAACGCGCGAUACUUAUCGCGGCGCGUUAUUUCAUAUAAUUGGUUUACCUUAAGUGCCGCAAUUAUACCAGUUCAACGCCUUUAUCGAAGCACGAUUGCGCGGCAAAUUGAAUUAGCGAAAAUUCGCGAUGGGGGUUCAUUGAGGUCGAGCUUUUUCAAACAAGCCUAAACGGGAAUUACAAUCAAAUAUUAGCCAUUCGAACAGGCCUCUUUGUUUGUCUUGCGUACAAAUUACUGCUGUGUCCACAAAUAUUUACGAUUUGAAAUGAAAUGGGAAAUUCGGGGUGGGGGAGGGGGAGAGGAUGAAAUGGCUCGUAUAUGAAUAAAGAUGACGUAAAUACUCGCAGUGCGGAAAGUAGAAAUGACAAUACAUAAAUAUUCAAAGCGCGGAUCAGAAUAACCAGCUGACCUGUUAAGAAACAUCACCGUGCAAUAUUUAGAGAACGUCAUCGCGCCGCUCGAAGACGCCACCGACCGCCAAAUCACCGUCAGGAAAUUGUGCCGGCAUCCGUUGCAUACGAAAUCACGGGAACGUUGUAAAAUUAAGAGGGAGAAAAAACAGGGAACGAAUAAGAGACUGCUGUGUUCCGUGAAUUCCAGGCGGAGCUGCGGAUUUUCUAUUAUAUCGAGCCGGUGGUUUUCGCAGAUAAUAUUGUUUGCAUUCUACAACAACGCAUUUAUACCUUCGUGUCGUGAAAGGCAAAAGCACCGCAAUGUAACGUGAAUAAAAAAGUUAUGCUAAUCGAACGUAAAUAAAGCCGCAAUAAAGGACGAGUAAAAAUUUGCCCGCGCUCGAUAACCGCGCGUAAAAACAUUCUAUUUCUAUUCAUGCUUCCGCAACGGCCGCCACAAUCUUUUACUGUCGCAAGCGAGAGAACAGUAAGUUAAGCAGAGAGAGAGAAAGAGAGAGAGAGAGAGAGGAGAGAGAGAGAUGUGCUUUCUAUAUAUGCAUAUAUAUUUCCGUUUCGCGACGAUGAAGGAAGGCAGAAGCAUUUACUCCGCUUUAUUCAUACGUCCCGCUUGGAAGCAUAAAAACGGCACGAAGAGAGAGACAGUUGUAGCAAAAGAUUAAGAUUGAGAUCUAGACUAAGUGUUGGAAGCGGAAAACCGACGUGUCGAGGUCGGUCGCUCGGAGCAUUGGCAAGAGAGAGGAGGGGUAGAUCAUGCGCUCUGCAUUCACAUUGGUUCUCACGUAGGGUGGCGGGCUUGCAACCCUCAGUUUGACGCCGCGUGCGAGCGCAUAAGGACUCAUCGCGACCGCCGUCAUCUCGCGAGACGCAGAGAGAAAGGGAGAGAGAGAGAGAGAAAGAAAGGGGGAGGGAGAGAGAGAAAGAGAGAGAAAGAGUCGUUCAAAGUCAUUUUUCCAGGGGAAGAUCCGCCGCAAAAUGACCACCGGCGGGAUGAACCCGCACGUUCGAUUCAUCGAUCCAACUUGAGGUCGAUCACGACACGGCCGAUCGGGAAGCAAAAAGAAACGCAUCGUCGUGAGAGACACGCCAUUCGUAAUUAAUAAGGUGGAUUGCAUGCAGCCGUUAUGAGAGUCACGCGUGAAAAUGCAAAGGACACGCGGAGGAAUUCGCGCAAUCGAAGUCGCAUUGACGUGUACAAUUAAUUCGAUUGACCGAAGUCUCUUUCUCUCUCUCUCUCUCUCUCUCUCUCUCUCUAUAUAUAUAUAUAUAUAUAUAUAUAUAUAUAUAUAUAUAUAUUCCUCUCUCUCAUUCUCUCAUUCUCUCUCGAACAUUUAUGACAGAUGGACGUUUACGAGCGAUUCGCGUGUAAUUGUUCGGAAACGAUUAAUGACGGGUUCGGCGCGCGACUGGGAGACUUAAUUGGAAUACAAAACGUUAUUGCCGAUUAAUCGGGAAAAAUAGCGCGCCGGUUUCGAUUGGAUUUCCACGAUUUUCGCUGUGCGCGUUUUUCGCCGACCAGAAAGAGAAAGAAAAGGGGGCAAAAGGGGCAAAAAAGCGGGGAAGGGAUUGAAAGAGAGUCACGCGUGAAGAUCCCUGGGAACGCUGCAAUCGAGAAAAUGGAAUUAAUUACCGGGCGGCUGUUAGGAAUGAGCGCGCUUUGAGGCGAUUUUUCACCUGAAGAGAGACAAGGUGUCAGUGCAAGCCGAGCUUUCCGAGCCGUGCUUUGAGGCCUCGUCGAAGUGUGGUUUUGUGAUGGGGGGAAAUAUUAAUUUCGACAAAAAAAGCGCGGAGCACUGAUUAUAUAUCGCCAGGAGAAUUCGAUUAUUCUCUUCCAGUGUGUGUGAAUUCUCUUUCAGUGUAUGGCAGCAUCGCGCGCGACUAACGGUUCGCGACGUCGACUUUUCUCCAAGAGUCUGCCUCCCUCGGAGUGAUGAGAGUCCGCCGCAAACAAUCGCAGACAUUCGCCGGGGGGCGAACAAGUGACCGGCCAGAAACAGCGGAUUGAUUAGCUGGACAAAUAGGCGCGUUGCCCGACGCAAGGUGCGCGACGAUGUUCGAGGUAUCGAGGUCGUUGCUAAUUGCCGACGGGACGAAGCGGCGACACGCGAGCGACAAGUAAUCACGCUGAUAAAUAAACACGUCACGCGGCGAUCGCCCGAGAAAAGCGGCCGCGAAAGAACUCUGCGCCUCUGAUAGAUCGCGCGCUCGAUGUGAUUAUGUGCUGUAAUUAACGAUAAUGCACCCCCAAGCUGGAAAAAUCAGCAGUAGCAGCGACGGCGGCGGCGGUGACGGCGGCGGCGACGAUGGCGGGAAGCGUUGAAUCGCGAUUGAUCGCGAUGGUAUAGCCACGUGUGGAGUCCGACGUCGCUCUGCCGGGACAGAAACGUGUCGUAUGUUGGAAUCAAUGAAGGAGCGCUUUGUAUCUCCCACCUGCUUCGCGCGACGAUUGCGCGAUAAAACUGUCGAUCGCGACGAUAUCGCUCCGCACCCGCGCGGAGAUCGCUCCAAUAAAUCAAAUUCAACUUGACGUCCUCGAGAGAACGGAAGAGACAAAGAGAGAGAGAGAGAGAGAGGGAGGGAGGAGUGAGAGGAGCGUGAGGAGAGGGCGAGAUCGACGAAAGGCUAUGAGGGCCCUUCAUCAUAUUCGCUGAUUCCCGAUCGCGAUCGAUAAUCGUGAGCUGCACGCUAAAAAUCGCCAACAUCGCCGACCUAGGCGUGGGAAAUCAGUAGGGAUUUCGAUCGACAGCUUUUGCUGUGCUCCAGCUGCGGCCUAGCCUCGAGCGCGAUUGAAUCCCGGAAAUGUCUGUCGCACGGGACUCAUCGCGAGAACGUUGUUACUAGAAGCUGUGUUGGCAAAAAGCGGCAGCCGGGACCACGCGAGCAGCAGAUAGACCGAGAGUUGCCGCGGAACUGUUGAAAGCCGCGGGGUCUAUUAAGGUCUAUCAAGAAGCAUAAGUUCCGGGGGAAACGCAAGAUCGUCGAGGAGGGUCCAUUCACAGCAGCGGCUGCGACCUAUUAAGCACCGUCGAGAAUCCGGGGGAGAUGCAGGGCCGCGGAGAUGCUGAGGAGAUGCCAUUCCCGUGGCAAUAAGAGCGCAGUCUGCAGCAAGCUCGAGAAGGGGUGGCAAGUUCGGGGCUGGGCAUUGUUAAAUCGAACUGCCCGUUACCCGCGGCAAUCGAAUGAAAUGUCGCGUCGCGCUGGAUGUUAGAAGCCCGUUGAGCGCUAACGUCGCGAGGGAGCGAUAACCGACGUUCUAAUAUCGACGUUGCAUUGAUCCUGGGGGAGCCCGCGUGAGCGGUCGACAGCUCUAGUCGAGCGGCAAAAUGUCGGCGAGUUGAAUCGAUCUCGGGAUAUGCAUAAAUCGCGCGCCGAUGUUGCGAGCUGGCCGGGCGGCCAUUAGAACACGGGCUAUUAACAGCCCCGACGAGCGAGGACGACGCUCGUCGCGUCGUGGUGGCGCGAGUCGGGACCAGGAGGGUGAAUGAGAGAGAGAGAGAGAGAGGCAGAGCGCGCCAUCACCUUGCGGGCGGAUGUAACAAGCGGACGUCGCGAGCGGGAAGAUGAGCGGCUGAAGAUGAGUGCGUCAGGCUAUUGGUGCGCGCUCAUCCUGCUCACGUUUACGCAAGAGUCCCUCGGCAGUCACUACGAGAAGCUGCAGGCCGGGGAGAGCAGGUCGAAGGAGUACCUGCGCCAUCAGCCGAACCACCGUUCGUCGCCCUUCGACCGCAAGCUCAUCGACACGACGGGUUUUCGCGCCGCGACGGAGGCCCGCGUGCCGGCACGUAACAACCCCGUGGCCGCUCAGCCAGAGAUGGGUCGCGGCGUAGCGGCGCGGACCCGCGCCUCUCCGACGCAUCUCUCAGCUGAAAUUCAGCACCUGGUGACCGCGGAGGUCCUUCCCACAGAGCGGCAUACGCUCGAGAUCGUCCUCGGGGAUGCCCGCGGCGUGUCCGCGGCGAGGAGCCGCUCGACGGCGGCGGUCCCGUGGACGGAGGUCGAGCAGCAGGCGGAGACGAGCGUCGAGCGGUCGCAGAUUCGGCACGGCCGCUCGAGGAGUCACUUCGCGCGGCAGAAGGUCGAGGACGCCGCGAGGGACAGCUCGAAAGAGGCCGGCCGAGCCCUCGACAGAAUUACGACGAGCAAGGCUCGUCAGGAGGACCAAGAGGGUCGCGCCGAUAACCCGGCCGAUCAUCAGGCAGGAUCCGUUGCUUUGAGGCGUGAUCAUCAUUUGCGGUUCUCGGAGCAAAAUUUCUCGAAGGACCACCCGGCGAACGGCCAGAGUCCCGAGAGAGCCGAGGAGGAUGAUGCUCCAGAGAGGCCGGAGAGUUUGCUCAAGCUGUAUCGAGAGAGAAAAGCGAACGAGCCUGUCGAUGGCUCCAGCGUUCUGCUCAUACGCGAUUAUUCACGGCUCACCGAGCGAAAUUCCUCCAAGGAUAACUCGCCAACCGGCCGAGCCCUCGAGCGGAUGAAGAACAUCGCGGCGCAGAAGGAGCUCGAGAGCGUGUUGAAGACGCGCCACUCGGAAAACCACGGCGUUCUGCGAUCCAGUCCCGAUAUUCUGAGGAAUCUCUUCAAGGACGACCCGCUGAGCAAGCUGAAGAAGGCGAUGUCCUUAAACAAGACCGCGCUGGCGGGCACGGCGGAUCGCAACACGACCGAGAUCACCGGCGUGGAGCCCGCAGCCGAGGAUACCAGCGAGUCCUCGCGCGAUCUCGACGAGGAGAUCCUGCAGGACGUGGUGCUGGACUACACAAGCUACGAGGAGCUGGUGAACGCCUCCGACCGCGGGCGCAGGAGGCCGGAGGCCGCCCAGGUCGACAUAGUGACGCGUUUCCUGCGGAUAAUCGAGAAUCAGCACACUCUGGGCGAGAACUGCACCGCCGGCACCGAUCUCAAUCUGGGAGAAGGCGUGGUGGACCAAUACGCUCAAGAGAGGUUCCGGCUGGAGGCGAAUCUUGCCGUGAAUCGCGCCAACAUGCUCACCAGGCUCUGGAAGUACGCCCCAGAAGUGAUGCUGUCCUCGGAAUAUCUGUUGCAUGCGAGCGUGCUCUCGAUGGUGGAGUUCGACGAGGACAUCUUCGCCGCCGGCAAUUGCUACGACAAAUUGCAGUACAAAGAUCGCUGGCUGUAUUGCCCGUUCGCCCAUCGGCUGCCGAAUCAGGACGGCGUUCUCGUGAAGGAUCUCGCGAUCGAGUACAAGUACCUGACUAACAGCAGCGAGUGGUUCUACAUCGCCCGGAAGAACGCCGAGAGGGUGAUCGCUAGCUACGAGCAGUUCAGCCGAGGAUUCCACACCUAUACGUUGAACGAAAGCAUGCACACGGAAAGGGAGGAGGACGAAAUCCUGACAGUGAAAUACGAGGAUGGCAGGUGGUCGAAACCGUAUUACGACUGCGGGGGUGGCAAUAUCUGGAUGCUGACCUACACGGUACCCUUCUUCGGAUACGUCAACGACACCUACUUCUUCAAGGGCACCAGCGGCAUCGACGUAGACCUCCGAAGGGUAGACAUAGAUCAGUGCCCGCUGCCGGCCGGCUCCACGCAGCUUAACAUAUUCGCCGCCAGCGACAAAUGCAAAAAGCGCACCACAGAGUGUAUCGCUAUUUCCGGCCUUGGUUUCCGCCGUGGUAGUUAUCGGUGUGUUUGCAAGCGAGGCUUUUACUACCCUGACACGAAAUCGGACAAGAGGUACUACAACGGCACCGUCAUAGAGGAGGAGUACGAGAAGUUGAUGAUGGGUGAAAAGAGCCAAUAUGCCGAGAGUGGAGUGUUCGAGUGCCUGCCGUGCGCCGAAGGGUGCGAGUCCUGCGAGGACGGAUCGCCUUGCGUGGUGUCCCUGAACUGGCUGAUGAGAACCGCGAUACUGAUCCUGGAGUGCUGCAUCAUCGCCUGCUUGCCAGCCGUCGUUCUUUUCACGUGGAAAUACGGCCACGUAAAGGUGGUGCGGGCGGCCAGCCCGGUUUUGUUGCGCGUGAUUGUCCUCGGCGCCUUCUUCAUAUAUUGCACAACCAUAGUUAUGUAUCCCAGACCAAACAUCAUCACAUGCACUGUGCGCGUGUGGCUACGAGAAAUUGGCUUUUCCCUCACAUAUGGAGCGCUGAUGCUCAAAACGUGGCGACUAAAAGAAGGAUCGAACGAUACGUUUGCGAUGUUCGCUCGCAGGAUAUCCGUGAUCUUCCGAGUGAAAUCGGCGAAAGCCGUGAAAAUAACGGACGCGAGCUUGCUGAAGCGGCUGGGCAUCAUCGUCCUGACGUUCAGCGUGUUCCUGAGCAUAAGGACUCUGGUCGCGCCGCCCGUCGUGAUCGUCGCGCGGACCGCCGACGAUCUCAAAGCGUACCUCUGCCGAACUGACUGGUGGGACCACAGUUUCACUACUCUCGAAGUGAUGUUCCUCGUGUGGGGCAUCCGCCUGUGCAUCGUAGUGAGAAAAACUCCGUCGGAGUUUAAUGAGAGCCGAUUCAUUUCAAUGGCGAUUUACAACGAAUUUCUACUGUCAGUCUUCCUCAACGUUUCAAUGUUGUUCCUGCAAUCGCCGGCCAAUCCGGAUUUAUUGUACAUCAUAUUUUUCUGCCAUACCCAGCUUACCGUCACAUUGCUGCUGUGCCUGAUAUUCGGCAGUAAAGCUUACGUGGUGUUCCGCGGCGGGGGAAAGGAGGAGACGAUCGGCAAACUUUGCGGCGCGACCGGCAAGUUCCUGGGGAAAAGCAGUCGUCCGCAGGGCACCAGUAACCAAACCAACUCGAUAUCCCUUCAGCAGGGUAAUUUUGCCGAAGAAAGCGACUCAACCACGGAUGAGUUUCGUCGAUUGCUCAACCAGUUAGAAGUCCUAAAGGAGAAGAACAUUUUGCUAGGAAAUCAGGAGUUAGUCAGCAAGUUAGCGGCCAUGCUGGACGUUUCAAAUCGCGUUGAGGCUCAAGUGUCCACGAUUCAAGCCAUCUCGACCAGCAUUGUUCAGUUGAACGAUCUCAAUAAAUCAACGGAGGAAACUAACGUUGGACAAGUUUGUCAGAAGCAGCAGGAGCGGGCAGGGAACGGUUCUCAAGGCGAGAAUCGAUGUCGCGCGUGCAUCGAGAAGAACGGUAUCGGGCUGAAGGACACGCCAGAUCCCACGAAGGAUAUUGAGACGUCGGAUAUGAAGAGAACCAGCAAGGACAUCGGCGUAUCGACAUCCUCGAGGCACGCCGGCGAGGACGUCGACAGGGAGGUGUGUCAUGGCAAGGAUAACGGUAAAGAAACCGACGCGAAAGACAAGUCUAGGGGCAAAUCCGGCCACGCCAGGACGCACGCCAUAGUUAUCAACCUCGACGACAAGAGCAGGUUUUCCGAGGAGGUUACCGUGUAACGCUAAGUCGUCGAGCGAGAAAUAAACGACGAGCGGACCGAAACGCGCGCGGCUUCUUCCGGGUGCAAUCGAUCGGGGCACGUUUCUCCGUUUCGCCGUGUGACUUCAUCGCGAAUGACAUUCACAGUCUGGUUACAACCGAGAAAGUACCUAUGUAAUCAUCAAUCUCAAACUACUCGGGAGAAAAUGAACGCUUAACCUCCCUCCCUCCUCCACUUCUCCCAACCCCUACUGCCCUUCCCACAUCCAAAAGUUAGAAUCGACAAUUAGUACGACGAAAUAUCUUGAGAUAAAAUCGUUGCAAAUUAUCCGAGCGAAUUUAAUCGUUAUCAUGCAAAUACCAUUCUAUGGAAAGAAAAUUAAAUUUCAAUACUAAUGCAUUCUCUCUCUCUCUCUCUAAUUUAUAAAUUCAUAUCAUGAGUAAUUUUUUCAAAGCAUCGUUUUUACAACAGUCUUUGAAUUAAAAUUUUUCUUUUCUCUCUCUCUCUCUUUCAGUCUCUUUCUCUCUUCUUCUCUUUCGACUAUCAAAUAAUGAUUUCAAAGACAAUUCGCGAAAAUUUUAAUUAUUGAAGAGUCUCGCGAAUUACACACAGAAAAAAAGAUUUUCUAAUAUAUGGACAACUAAAAAUAUUAGCUGCAGGAGCAAAUUUUCUU